CCAACACCCCGUCGCACAACCACACCAUUCGGCAAUCUCGACUUCUUCGACUGCGGCUGCCAAUGCGGAUGUACUCCACGGCAUCGCCAUAUCCUCGUCCGCUCGCUCUCCGCGCUCCAUUGAAUGCGCCGCACCCACUCGCCCUGCCACUCCGCAAAACCCGGCAAUGAACCCUCCACCCUCCUCCUCUUCCGCACUUCCCACUGCUGCACUGACUUCCGACCACGUCAAUUAUCUCAUUUUCCGGUACCUGCAAGAGGCCGGCCACGAGAACACUGCGACAGCCUUCUACCGCGACUGGCAUCGCAGCCAUGAAUUCCGCGACCCGGAAGACUACCCCUUCGCUCCUGUUGUGCGCCGCAAUGAACUGGUGCGCGUCAUUCAGAGUGGUUUGCGUCACGACGAGCUGGAGGCGCGGGUGAGGAAGGACGAAAGGAGAUACCGCUUCACUGGCCUCCCCCCCGGUGACGGGCAGCAGCAGCAGCAGCAGCAGCAGCAACAAACUUUGGAAAAUGGAGUUGGCCCUGCCUCCUCCGGUCCUGCAUCUAGGCCUGGGAGCAGCGCAAAGGACAAGUACCGACCUUCCGUGCGACGCGCUCAGCACGACUUUCCCACUCCUGCGCCAAAACGACAGCGGAGGAGCGAGGGCAGCGAAGGUGUGCAUCUCAACGGCGAUGCGAUGGACGUCGAUGCCCGCUCUCCGUCCGCUGCAGAGCCUGACGAUGACGUGGAAGCUGCCUCGCCUGCUGUCGGAUCCGAGCCCGAAAUGACCGAUAUUCCGGAGCGUUACGACUCCAUGGACAUUGGGGUGCAGACGGACACGAAGUCUGGCCCCAAGACUAGCACGAUGUAUUGGAAGAUUGACAAGCCAGGAGCGAUGAUCUAUCACAGCGCUUUUGCGCCUACUUCGACAUCGGGUAGCAACAGCACGCUCAUGACCGUUGGCGAGUCGCUUUGUCGCUUCUACCAGCUCCCGGCAAACCCAACGGACACGACACAAAUCCUAAACGUCGACGAGUCUACGCUGUCUCCAAAUUCCGUUGUGACGGCUUCUGCGUGGCAUCCUAACGGCUACAUUGCGGCCUUUGCCGCGGACACGCUCCGCGAAUUCCCCGAUGAUUCUCAAAUCCCACGGCAACACAUCUUUUGUCACGAUUCCCGAAAUGGCGCCAGCUUCCACUACACCAUUCCCCCACUGCUGGAGCCACAGGGCAUCGUUCUGGCUCUGCGGUUUAACCCUCGCGGUGACAAGCUGCUUGUAUUACGUACCAACCUGAAACGCGGCUCGAUACUGCUGUAUGACACGCAAGAAAUGAAGCCAGAAAAUGCGCAUCCAAUCGCGUGGUCUUGCUAUGAACAUCAAAUCCUCGAUGCUGCUUGGCUGAGUGAGCUCAGUUACGUGUUGGCUGGCGAGAACGGCUUCUCCCGAUACGAAACGGUCGCGCUACCGGGUGUUCUAGUAAUGAGCGAUGACGCCACAGCCCAGAGAUCCUACCGGAUUGAUCGAAGCGACUCUUGGUUGCAUGAGAGAGCGACAGACGAUACCUGCACCUACGACAAGGUCCGCGCGAGCUCCAAUCAGACCGUGGUCGCACUUGCUUCGAGCGACGACCGUAGACUCGUGAUAGGCAAAAGGCCUUCAUCGGUGCCAUACGACGUGGCAUUGACCGCAACAAUAGGCCUGCAAGAUCACCUAACGGCAAUGGCCUUCCAGCCGUCGCUGUCAGAUUCUAGCGCAAGCAAUACUGCAAUUCUGGCCGUCACAUUCGAAUCCGGAUCAUGUGGCGUCUACUUGUGUACUUCAGCCGGAGAAGACGAGGUGAAUGGGACUAGCGGCGAAAUCAAUAAGCUGCUGGUCCUGUAUCUGAAGUCCGGCCCCGCUCUGGCUCUAGCAUGGUCUCCUAACGGCGCUUUUCUCGCAGUUGCCGGUCCAGACCUCGUACAGGUGUGGGACACGUCAGCCUUGUUGAAAGCACAGGACAUGCCGAUGUUGAAGAAACACGGUUCCCUCGGGGCCUUGGUGACCUGGCGACCAAAUCACGCGGCGGCCGGGCCUAGGAAUGGCGAACCUCGAGCCAUGUCCGAGCCGAGUCUAAGCUGGAGCGCUGAUGGGGAGAGUCUGGCGUUUGCCAUUGACAAAGAUGUGGCAAUCAUUACAUUCCGACCUCCUCUGAACAAUCGCGGGGAGAAAAGACAGAUCAAUGGGCAUCUCAGCCCAUGACAUUAUCGGAAUCAAUUGUUGUUGUAGAUAGCUCCUUGGAUACCCUUUUGCGCUGCUUCGGCGGAUUUGUAGAUACCUAGCCUUCAUCUCGUGCAAACAUACUCGAUUGUUCCAUUGACGUGCUCCGCUCCCUC